UAUUGACUAAACAUGUCGAAUAUGGAGGAUAGUGGAGAAAAGACAGCGCAAGAAUAUCUUGCUAAACAUAAAAUUGUGGAGUUAUUUAAAAAUAUUACAGCCGCUUUAGUAUUUGAAAGGCCCGAAAAUCCCAAAGCAUUCAUUGUUUCUCAUCUGAAGAAAUUAAUGGACUCCAGAACAAUAGCAAUGAAUCAUCCAUGUUUGUUUGAUGACAACAAUAUCAGGUCCUUAUUCGGAAUGUUGGAUAUAUCAAAUCAUGGUUAUAUCAACUAUGAACAAUAUAAACGUGCCCUUGAAAACUUAGGUGUUAAAGAAAUCAAUAGAAACCCGCCAGGUGCUGAUAUGGAUGAAAUUACCUUAGAGGUGUUUCUCAAAGAAGCGAGGGUUGGUUUGUCCGCCGCUUCAGCUACCUUCAUCACCGCAUAAUGUGAAUAUUUCAAGCAAUGUUUUCUGGUUUGUUACUUGUUGACACACAGCAAGGCAUUGGUGUCAAGGUCAAUAUCCACGGUCACAUUAGUUUAUGAUGUUGUGAGAAAGACUGAUGAACAUCAUGAGCUUGUGAUUUGUCUACAACCAUGAUAUAUGAUAGAAAUCUGACGAGAGAGAGAAAGUGAUCGAAGAAAAUAAUAUUUCCACUGUUUAUGCAUGAAAGACUCACUACUACACUACUUUGUUAGGCAAUCAUAUCAAGCAAUGAUUUUUGUCCAUCUUCAGACUACCAUGCUGUUUCUUUUUUCGUUGUUAAUGUAAUAUAUCAAAUGGGGUUUACACAAAACAUGUAGAAAUAAUAUUUUAUUCACACAGAACCAUUGUUGUGAUUAUUUUUGAUAUACCAUGCAAUAAUGAAGAUAAGAAACCUUUUUGACCAUAAAACUUUCCUUUGCAAAAAAUAUACAC